AUGCUCAUAAGCGGGAACACAACAGUUCCCGACCGAGUUUUAGACGUGGGAACUACUGAUCAGCCUCGCCUGAGGCUGCUCGAAAAUUGUAACGAUCUACAGGGAGAUUACAUUGCGCUCAGCUACUGUUGGGGAACCCAGGGCCAAGUUUUUACGGUCCGAGACAACUUGGAGAAAUUCAAGAUUGAGAUCAUCGAAUCAGGCUUGCCCACCACAGUCAGAGACGCUAUCACGAUUACGCGGGCCCUACAGAUCCCGUUCCUCUGGAUUGAUGCACUUUGCAUCAUUCAACUGGACGAGACAGACUGGAAAAUUCAGAGCGCAAAAAUGCAGGAAGUGUAUGGCCAGUCAUAUCUGACUCUCUGCGCGUCUAACGCUAGCAGUGUGCACGAUGGCGUCUUUCAUCCCCGUUGCAAUACCACCCUGGAAGUCGACAGUAUCUUCGAGGACUUGGCUCAACGGUCGGUGUACAUCAUUCUAGAUGUGGGCAAACCUUCAUCUCUUCAAUAUGUCACAGACCUCACGCCGCUUGGGGCCCGCGGACGGUGUCUCCAGGAGCGACUCUUACCGUGCAGAAAAGUCUACCUCCACCACCAGCAAAUGGUGUGGGAGUGUUCUGAGCGUUUCUUCUUCGAAAGUGGCAUCCGAACAGGAAUUACGGCUACUAUAUCAUUGGAUAUGCCGAUCGUAAAGAGAGGUCUAAACAAUGAGCUGAACCGUGUGAAGUGGGAACAACUUGUGCAGUCGAACACAGCCUGUCAACUGACCCACAUGACUGAUCGGCUUCCAGCAAUCGCUGGAAUUGCUAAACAUUUCGCGACAAGCCUGGCAGCUCGGGCAUAUUCACUUGCAAGCGAAGAGGUGGCGGACACUGGUACAGCAGACGAAGCCGACGAAGCUGACGAUGAGGACUAUGGUUCAUUUUUUGACAUGGCCGAGAAGAUCGAGAAAGAAACCAUUGGCAGUACUGAAUAUGUUGCAGGUCAUUGGAAGGGCACUUUAGUCCCAAGUCUUCUCUGGAGGGUACUUGGCUCUAAGCAACUAGUUCCUUCAUCGGGAUACGGAGCGCCCUCGUGGUCUUGGGCACCUGCGCCAGGUCAAGUCAAAUCAGAGAGGAAUGCAAUGAACACGACAAUCUGCAAAUGUGGAACAAUAUGA